AUGUCAGCCUAUCCAGUAGCCUACAAUGGCACCAUUAGCACGGGUGGGGAUUCCUUGACUGAAGAUUUGAACAUCUACUAUAAUGCGGGUGAUAUCGCAUGGGUGGUGACUUCGUCGGCCCUGGUGUUGCUGAUGAUUCCCGGUGUUGGCUUCUUCUACUCGGGUCUCGCUCGCCGGAAAUCCGCCCUGUCGCUGAUCUGGCUUUCGAUCAUGUCGGUGGGCGUGGUGACCUUCCAGUGGUUCUUCUGGGGAUACUCCUUGGCCUUUUCCCAUACAGCUGGAAGUUUCAUCGGAGAUCUGGCCAACUUUGGUAUGAAGGAUGUUCUGGCUGCGCCGUCGGUGGGUGGUACUAAAGUGCCGGAUCUCCUCUUUGCCAUCUUCCAGGGCAUGUUCGCUGCCAUUACUGUUGCUCUCGCUGUGGGCGCCGUCGCAGAGCGUGGCCGUAUGCUGCCCUGCAUCAUCUUCAUGUUCGUUUGGUCUACCGUCAUCUACGACCCCAUCGCCUGCUGGACAUGGAAUUCUUCUGGCUGGGUCUUUAAGUUGGGCGGUCUCGACUUUGCCGGCGGCACUCCCGUGCAUAUCUCUUCGGGCUCCGCUGCAUUGGCUUACUCCUUGAUGCUGGGGAAGCGCCGGGGCCACGGCACCCAUGAGCUCAACUAUCGUCCUCACAAUGUGACUCACGUCGUCAUCGGCACUGUCUUCCUCUGGGUCGGCUGGUUUGGCUUCAACGCUGGCUCGGCCUUGUCCGCAAACCUGCGGGCUGUCAUGGCGGCCGUCGUGACCAAUCUUGCCGCCUCGGUGGGCGGUGUCACUUGGUGUCUCCUCGAUUACCGUCUGGAGCGCAAGUGGUCCACUGUCGGCUUCUGCUCUGGUGUUAUUGCUGGUCUGGUCGCCAUCACCCCGGGAUCUGGCUUUGUCACUCCCUGGGCUGCGUUCGUGUUCGGAGUCGUUGGGGCGGUUGCUUGCAACUAUGCCACCAAGUUGAAGUUCUUGCUUCGCGUUGAUGACGCCUUGGAUAUCUUUGCCGUUCACGGUAUCGGCGGCCUUGUCGGCAACCUUUUGACCGGAAUCUUCGCCGCCGAUUAUGUUGCGCAUCUGGAUGGUUCUACCUCCAUUCCCGGUGGAUGGAUCAACCACAACUGGAUCCAACUGGGUUACCAGCUUGCGGAUUCAGUCACUGGAUUUGCCUACUCCUUUGUCGGUACCUGCAUCAUUCUCUUCAUCAUGAACCUCAUUCCUGGCUUGAGUCUGCGUGCGCGCGAGGAGGACGAGAUCAUGGGUAUUGAUGACGCCGAGAUUGGCGAGUUUGCCUAUGACUAUGUCGAGGUGACCCGUGAUAUCAUUAACGGAGUCGAGAGCAGCGAUGCUGGUUCCAAGCGUACCAUGACUCCUACUGAAGAGCAUGGCGCGACCAUUGACACCAAGGCUUGA